AGCAAAAUGAUAACAAGACGAAUGUUGGGUUGAGUUAGGUUGCGAAUAAAGUGUGUCACAGCAGUAGCGAAUAAUAGCUCGUAGAAUGCAGUUUACAUUUCUGUGUUGCUUACUAUUCAAAUAAUUUCUUAAUAUAUGUGCCAUUUUAAAACGAAUUUGAUAUACAUCAUUAUAAUUUAGCGUACAAUACAGGAUAUAAGUUAUAUUAUUUGGAGAUUCUUUGUAUUUUGAAAACAAAUAGAGCGAAUAUGGCUGGUAAUUUUCCAGAUACUGUAGAAACUGUUCUAGGAAGUAUACGAUUAUCUGAACUCGGUCAAACAUUAACGCACGAACAUUUUGCUCUCGAUUUUCGUAAGUUUUACGUACCACCACCAAAGCAUAUUAAUAAACAUUUUCCCAAAGAAAGUUUACAUCUCGAGGAUAUCGGAUAUGUCAAGCAGUAUCCAUAUAGUAGCUUGAGUAAUUUGAAAUUUGAUGACGAAUACGCGCACAAAGCUGUUAAUAUGGAUGUAAAAUUAUUCAAGGAAGCUGGUGGUGGAACUAUCGUGGAAAAUAGCAACCACGGUUUGCAACGCGACAUUAUUUUAAUGAGAAAUAUUAGUCAGUCGAUGGGAAUUAAUGUAAUCGCUGGAACUGGAUAUUAUGUCGCUAACACGCAAACUGCAUCGACUCUCGACAUGACAAAAGAAGAAAUGUACAAUCUCAUGUAUAAAGAAUUAGAAGAAAAUUGUGUUGGGCUUCCCAAUGAACUGAAAGUAAAGGCUGGAUUUAUCGGAGAAGUCGGCAGUACUUGGCCGAUCGAGGAUUUUGAGAAACGUGCCAUUUGUGCGACUGGCGAAGUUCAAGCGCAAUUGCACUGUUCUGUGAGCUUUCAUCCUGGAAGAAAUGCGUCUGCGCCUGCGGAGAUAAUGCGUAUCUAUCAAGAGGCUGGUGGAGAUUCUACUAAAGCUAUCAUGUCUCAUAUUGAUCGUACAUUAGUCAAAAAGGAGCAAAUUAUGGAAUUCGCUGAUGAUAACAAGUGCUACAUCCAAUUUGAUCUAUUUGGUAUCGAGUGUUCUUUUUAUCAGCUACAUCCAUCAGUAGAUAUGAUAUCAGAUGCACAGCGUAUCAAACGAAUUGCACAUCUGAAGAAGGAAGGGAAACUACAUCGUGUUCUCAUGAGUCAUGACAUUCACACGAAGCAUAGAUUAAUACCUUUCGGCGGCCAUGGAUAUUCCCAUAUCGCGAAUAAUAUUCUGCCAAAUAUGAUAAAUAAAGGCUUUACGAUGGAAGAAAUCGAACUAAUAACAGUUGAAAAUCCAAAAAGAUGGUUAUCUCGAUAAUAUAAUCUACCUGGAGAACGAAAGUUACAAUUUUUUUCUUUAUAACGUAACAUUUUUUAAUGAUGUUU